AUGGGCCGCCGACGGAACCCAGAGCUUGUGUUAGAUCCAUCCGUAUGGCGUCUUGAUUCAUCCUCGACACCAGCCAUGUACAGUUGCAUGGUGUGCAAUUCGCGACCCAUGGUUGAAAAGUCGGUUUACAAGCACGUCAGAUACGAAAAACAUACCUCCGCGCUCAGUGCUUUCUACGCCGCUCGGGAAUCUGGAGAACGUGUGACCGUCCUCGACCCGCGAAAUGACUAUUUGAUAGGUGAUUCGCAAGCAAUCACACCCGAGGUUUAUGAGGAUGCGGAGACGACCGCGGCAUGGUGCCCAUGGGAGGGCAUUGAAAACGAACCCGAUGUGCAUGCACGCCAGGAGGAAUCCGACGGGACUAAUGAUCGAUUGGACUUCUCAAGUGAUUCGAGGUCAGAAUCAAUUAGGUCUGGAUAUGCCUCUGAAUCUGAACUGUCAGAUUACGACUCCAACAAUGAAGCCGACGAUGAGGAAUGGGACCUGCCCAACCAUCCAAGUUUUGCUGAGCCGGAUGAAUCCUAUGCAGCCAAUCCAACCGGGGUCAGCAAUGAUGAAGAGGCCGCACGCCGUCGGUAUGCUCGAGGAAAUAACCCGUGGUGGCCUUACAAGAGCAAAGAGUAUCUGGUUGCGUCCCUCUUGAUUGGUUACACCCACCAUAUGGUUUCUCGAGCUUUCUACGCACAUAUCCGCCUGAUGUUUAAAUUCUACAAUAUUACUCUACCCGACUGGACAACUGUCCGGCGCGAAAAGAAAAGGACUCGAUCAUUGCUUGAUUUUGAUGUCUUGCCAAGUGUUUCAAUAUUUGGGACGCCCACUUAUCGAUUGAGCCUUCCAAAGGUACUUGCACAAGAAGUGGCCAAUCCACAUGUCAGCCCAGUGAUCGAUUACUACCCUCAAGAGGCCAAUGGUCAGCAUGUUUAUAAGCUAUCUCAGUCUGUCAAGUGGCUUGCAGACCUCGAUCCCGCGUGCAGGGCACCAAUGUACCGUUCAUCUGGCCACGAUUGGUAUUUGUAUGAGCCGGUACAGUUGAAAAAUGAUGAAGUUGUCAUUCCUCUGUUCUUUUUUCAGAUGGCUGGAGAAAUGCACUCAAAGUGUGCCGUCCCCCACUAUGAACCUGUCGGUGAUGGAUCCCAGCUCCGCCUGACUUUCCCGGCUGGAAUUCCUUUUGGUUGUAGCAGCCUUCGAACUGUUAAAGUGUCUGAAUUUGAUUAUGACUAUUCAGAAAUCACUGACGCUGCGGGUGAAUUGCUGGCUACUCGCUGUCGGGAAUCAAUUUACGAAUUAGGAGAACUUCAAACAACCUGGCACCACCUGCCCAACCCAUGGCGCACAAAGGCAAACGGCAGAGUGAUCAGGCAUCUUCCAAUCAAUUUGUAUUCAGACGACACCUCAGGCAACCAAUCCAAGCGUUGGAACAAACACAUAUCUUACUAUUUCACCUUGUCCGGCCUCCCUCCACGUUGGACAAAUCAAAACUACAAUUGUCACUAUUUGACCACCUCAAAUAUUGCUGGCGCAAUGGAGCUGGCUGCCCCAAUAGUCUCUGACCUACGAAUGCUGGCGUCAGAAGGUUAUCCAGCCUUUGAUUGCACUCUCCAAGAGGAGGUCUUGUUGGUUUCACACAUAUUGUGUUUCCUUGGCGACUCACCAAUGCACGCCGAGAUUACCAGCACCCCGAAUCCUGGGAAUUCCCUCCACCCUUGCCGGGCAUGUGCUCUGUCGGCCGCAAGUGUCAGAGCAAAGGCAACACUCGAUUAUGUUCGCUUCUUCUUUAUGAUUGGCCCCACAGGGUCUUGGAUAAAACAUCCGCCGCGCUUGUGGGAGCAGAUAAAAUCCCAAUGCUACAAAGUGUGGGACAUGGCCAAAAAACCAAGGACCAAGACAGCCGUUGGCAACAGCUCAUCUACACAUGGGGUGAAGGACAUGAUCAACAGGGCUGUGAUUGACCAGAGGUAUGAGGUGCUUGAAUCCGGCCACGACCCUACGGACAGUGAGAGGCAAUUCCUGGAGAAGAUAAACCAGAUUGAUCGGUUUGACCCUGGAGAAUUGUUCAACCCUUACUUUGAGGCCCCUGGAUUUGAUGGGUGCCGUGACACCCCUGUUGAGAUCCUACAUGUAUUUCUUCUUGGUGUCGUGAAGUACAUGGUACGGGACUUCAUGCGCCACCUGUCAGCCGAGGAAAAACUUCAGGUGAAAGCCCGGUAUCAAACAUUCAACAUCGACGGCCUGAAUAUCCCUUCAAUUCAGGCAUCGUACCUCACCAAUCACUUCGCAAAUUUCAUUGGCAAGGACUUCCGAAUUGUCUUACAAGCAGCCCCGUUUGUGCUUUUUGAAUACAUGGAUGAUCGUGAAAGGACGCUAUUGUCAGCCUCUGGGUAA